GGUAGAACUGCAUAAACGACACUCAAAUGACUACGUAGUAAGUAUUUCUCUGGUAGCCGUUCUUUCUACCACUCAAAAUGGCGGAUCAGAAUGAACGAGCUUUUCAAAAACAACCCACGAUCUUUCUUAACCGUAAGAAAGGUCUGGGACCCAAGAGGAGGAAGCCUAUGAGAUACUACCGCAAUAUUGGACUUGGUUUUAAAACACCACGUGAGGCUAUUGAAGGUACAUACAUCGAUAAGAAGUGCCCAUUUACUGGAAAUGUUUCCAUCAGAGGACGCAUUCUUACCGGUGUGGUUCAAAAAAUGAAAAUGCAAAGAACUAUUGUUAUUAGAAGGGAUUAUCUACAUUAUAUCAGAAAAUACAACAGAUUUGAAAAACGUCAUCGUAAUAUGAGUGUACAUCUGAGUCCAUGCUUCAGAGAUGUUGAAAUUGGGGAUGUAGUUACUAUUGGAGAAUGCAGACCUCUGAGCAAGACAGUAAGAUUUAAUGUUUUGAAAGUUUCAAAAGGAACUGGUUCUAAGAAAAGCUUCAAGAAAUUUUAAAAGUCAGUUUAUUAAAAUAAAGUUAUACAAUUCAACAGGUGAAGAAACUGACUAAGAUAUAUACAUCAAUAGUUCUACAUUUUGGAA